GGCAGGCCAUCCGUUGCGUGCGUGGGUCCACCGAGCCCGCCUCAAAAUGGUCUGCUAUAAAUGGGAUGGGCCAGGCCAGAGCCAGUUGGAUUGGCGGCACACGCACCACCAACCACCUCCUCCUCCUCGUGGUUCAUCGUCGUCAUCAGAUCAGAUAUUCAUCAGAUCGAUCCGCACCGCCACCGGCCGCAGGCAAUCAUCUAUGGGCGCGGCCGGCGACCCCGCUCCCCUGGUGUUCACGUACGGGACGCUGAAGCGCGGCUUCUCCAACCACCGCCUCCUGGAGGAGCUGUCCGCGAGCGGGGACGCCACGCUGGUGGGUCCCGCGGUGACGUCGGCGCGGCUGCCGCUGGUGUGCGGUCCCUACCGGGUGCCGUUCCUGCUCAACCUCCCGGUCCCGGCUGUCGCCGCCGCGCACCGCGUGCGCGGGGAGGCGUACGCGGUGACGCCACGCGGGCUGGCGCGGCUGGACGAGCUGGAAGGCGUCGCGACGGGCCACUACGAGCGGCUGCCCGUGCAAGUCGAGGUCGAGGUCGAGGGCGAGGGCGAGGGCGGGACGAGGGUGGUGGAGGCGAUCGCCUACUUCGCGCACCGGAGCUACGCGGGCGACCUGUGGCGGCGGAGCGGGGAGGAGGGCGUACCCGAGUACACCCACGGCGUGGCGGCGGGGUAUGUCCGGCGCAAGGACCGGCCCCAAGGGCAGACGUUCCUGGACCAGAUCCGGGUCUUCGUAUCCUCCUAAGCUUGCGGAUCAUUGAUUUGUGUUUUGGUUUUGGAUGGAUCCAUCGAUGUGUGAUCACAUCAAUCAGGAUCUACUAUCGAUCAUCUCCCUCCCUUCCCUUGAUCUUGAUGUAUGCAAAGCUCACCUCACCUCGAUCGCCUCCCUCGCUCCACCCACCUGUGACUGUGAUGAUCUUUUUUUUUUU